GCUUUAGCGUCGGGUGCGCGCACGUCACGUUCAGAGCCGUACGUGGUUUACGUUUUGCAGACACGCGCAAUGAUAGCCGGAAGCACCGAUGGGAGGAAAAUAAAAAUCGAUGAAAUCCACUGUAAUACGCGAGUGUAAACCUCUCACUUAUUGUCCUUUUCGCGACCGUCGGCUCGAAUAUAUUAGCCUUUUCACUGCCACUGUGCCGGAGGGGACGGUAGAGAGCAGGAGAGCUGCUCCAUUUGAACGAAGUUGCUCGGUAGGGGUUUAGCUGACGUGUGGAGAAGUUGAGACUGCCAGAGAGCAGAUAAACAAACAUAAACAAGCAGGGAUCAGCUGAGCGCCUGUCCGAACCGAACCAGCAGCACGGAGAGAUGUCAGGGAGAGCGAGUUUCCUCUUUCGACCCCAAGAAUGAUCCACAGGAGACCGUGACUUACACUGAUACUAGCUCCAUGUCAACUGUCAACACUGGCACACAAAGAAUUUCGGAAACACAACACGAGGACCAGCCAUAGGCUUUAGCAGAAAACCCACUGCUCCUGUCACUGUCUCUUUGUCAAGACAUAGCCAGGCUAGCAUGGACAACCAAUGAGUUUCCCUUCCAGUUUUCUGCUGUAACGAAACGAAUACAUAUUACAGUGCAAGGAGACAGAGAAGUGGGAUUAAUAACAUGGCCCACCAGGCAACCCCUAGUUCCCAGAAGGCCCUGAUGAUGGAGCUGAAGUCCCUGCAGGAGCAGCCAGUGGAGGGCUUCCGCAUCACUCUGGUGGAGGAGUCUGACCUAUACAACUGGGAAGUAGCCAUCUUCGGACCCCCAAACACCUUGUAUGAGGGAGGCUACUUUAAGGCUCACAUCAAGUUUCCAGUUGAUUACCCAUACUCCCCACCUACCUUCCGCUUCCUCACCAAGAUGUGGCACCCCAACAUCUACGAGAACGGAGAUGUGUGCAUCUCCAUCCUGCACCCUCCUGUCGAUGACCCUCAAAGUGGCGAGCUGCCCUCUGAAAGGUGGAACCCCACCCAGAACGUCAGGACUAUCCUGCUAAGUGUGAUCUCCCUGCUCAAUGAGCCCAACACCUUCUCCCCAGCUAAUGUGGAUGCAUCUGUUAUGUUUCGCAAAUGGAGGGACAGCAAAGGCAAGGACAAGGAGUAUGCAGAGAUAAUCAGGAAACAGGUGAUGUCAACAGCAGCAGAGGCUGAGCGCGACGGUGUCAAGGUGCCGACCACGUUGGCGGAGUACUGCGUGCAGACCAGGGUUCCCUCCCAGGACAGCAGUUCAGACCUUCUCUAUGACGACCUCUAUGACGACGACAUGGAGGAGGAGGACGAGGAGGAAGACGAGAGCGAGAUGGAGUCCGUAGGUGAAGCCGGAGGGAUCAGCCCCACGGAGGACGGCGGGACGUCAACCAGACGUUAUGACAACCAGGACGACUCUGGCAACGAGGACUCGUGAUGAUCUGGAUGAUAACUCCUCCCUGCCAACUCCCCCGCCACCCUCCUUCUUUUAUGUAUUUUCAGUGUGUGUGUGCGUGUGUGCGUGUGUGUGUUUGCACAUACAGUGGGGUCAAAAGUCAACUGCCAAAAAUGUUUCAUCAUUUAUUAAACUAAUACAAAUGACCAUUCAAAUAAUAGUUGUAGUCAAAUGCUAUAACAUACUUUUUCAGAAAAGCUUUGUCAGUACUUUUUCAGCGAAAGUCAGAAUUUGGUGUUUCCACCGUUUGCCUUAAUUACAGCUUGCACUCUGUCUGGCAUCAGAUGUUUUGAAGAGUUUAAGAAUUGAAAUUAUUCCAGCACUGUUUGAGAGGACCCCCAAGUAUUUUUGAUGUUCCGUUAUGUAUCACUUUUUAAAAUGUUGCUGCUGUUGAGGAUGAAGAAAUGACGGCAUGCCUCUGCAGAAUAGAUUGGUGUUACCCUACAGUCAGUGUGAUUAAUCAUGUGUAAGUUACUGACUCGAGAGGAGGCCAAAUAUCUCCACAUCAUCACUGUGUUUGACUCUAGUUUUUAUGCCCUGUUGUAUUACACUUUGCUGCAACCAACUCCUCAUGUACUUUCCUGUAAGUUGUUUGGUUGCAAGUCGUCAACAGUGACAUUUCCGUUUUCUUCAGCCCAUGCUAAAACAUUAGACUUUCUUGCCAUUAAAGAAGUGGUUUUUACUGCUACAGUUUGGUGAAGUAGGACUUUCUCUGUUGUGUUGGUUUUGCAUCGUGGAUGCAGAUGCAUAAAAAUGUUGGCUUUAAACCAUAGUGCCAUCUCUAUUUACCUCCGCCAAGGAGGUUAUGUUUUCGGUUCAGUUUGUUUGGUUGUCAGCAGGAUCACGGAAAACCUACUGGCCCGAUAUUCAUACAGUUUGGUGAAAGGGUGUAAUAUGGCUUUUUUCUUUCCUUAACAUUGCAAGAUAGGGCCUUGGCAGGGGUACAAUAUUAUGAUAUUUGAUUUAGUUUUGUCAAAAUUUUUAAACAUGAUCAGGCAUUAACAGUAAUAACAUUAACGUUCACUGGUUAUUUAAAGGCCAUAAUACUUAACAUUAUGUUCAUGCAUACAUGUAUUUAAAGGACGGUUCAAAAUCAAAAAUUCACAUUUUUAUGUUACCUGUAGCUCUGUUUAUCAAUCCAGAUUGUUGUGGUGUUAGUUGAGUGAUGGAAAUAUCGGCCUCUUCUCGAACAUAAUGGAACUUAAUGGCAUUGUGCUUGUGGUGCUCAAAGUGCCAAUAAAUACAUUUAAAAACAACUCAACUCAACAGCAAUGUCUCUUCCCAGAAAUCAUAACCCAGUUCUUCAAGAUAAUCCAAAAACCUUGUUUUUUCAUGUAGUGACUAUUUUUUCUGUACUUGCACUAUAGUUUGUGCAUGAAAAAGCUCACAAGGUGUGCGGAUUAUCUUGAGUAACCGGGUCAUGAUAUCUGGAAAUAGACAUGCAGGUGUGUUUUUCAAAGGUAUUUUCUAGUGCUUUGCACUCCACAAGCAUAAGUGUCAAAUAGUUCCACUAUAUUAGAGAGAAGGCCACUAUGGCCAAUGCCUCCAACACUCAGCAACUUGCACCAAAACAGUCUGGACUGAUAAAUAGCACUACAAUAUGUAUUUUUUUUUAUUUUGUUUGAACUGUCUCUUUAACAUUAGCAUGUAUGGUGAGACAAACAUUUUAGAGUCUUUCUAUCACAUAUACCAGUAUUUUAAUGACUUAUAAGCAAUUCCCAAAGAUCGAAAUCACACGUACCAGUUCUGAAUAACCUUCAAAGUAAAGAAAUUGUCUUAGUUUUUGAUAAAUGAUGAAAACAAACUGUCCUAGUGGUGGUCUCUUGAACCCCAUUGUAGCUGGCCAGGUCUUUGACUGGCUAGUCUCAUGUCAGAUUGUCUGUUUUUUGUGUUAAAAGAUUGUCUCUAUCCACCGUGUCUUUACUUGUUGCUGUUUUAAUGUUCUUCUGUUUAGUUGGAUGACAUUCUGUCCUCCGUCACUUGUUUUUUUGGGAGGGCUCAGACAGUCUGGCUGAUGGACACUCAGCUAUUUGGCUCAUUAACUAGUCGAUGAGCUGGCCAGCUUGUCCUGUCACUGUCCAUCAGUGCAUCCCCUGAGAAAAUAUCUGUCCCUCUCACGCCUGUGUGUUCAACUUUGAUGCAAUCAACUUUAACUUGCAAACACAGGCUCCACCGUGACUCCACCCUCUUGGACCCACCUUCAGUAGUGUCCAUCAUGACUGCUCCCUCAUGGUCCCUCAAAGCAACGUCUUUUGGUUAGGGGUGGACAACAUUGCCUCCUACACCUCUCUCUGCCUCUUAAACCUCAGGGCCUCAAUAGACUUUCACUGAGAGAGAAAAAAAAAGAGAAACUUGAAAUACAAACUGCUCCUCACCUCCACCUCCUUUUCUUACUUUCUGCAUCACUGGGUGGUUGUAGAGGGCAGUGAGUGAACUGAAAGUCUCCAGACCCACCGCCAGCGUGUUUACACGUUGCAGAGUGUCGCUGUUGGUCCUGUACAGGGUCCUGUAAGUUGUUUUCUCUCGUAGGCUGGGUUAAAAAAAUAAAAUAAAAACACACAAAAUGCACCUGUAGGGACUUUCUCUUGGAGACAAUGCAUACAUUAUGUUGCAAUAGAUGUGAAGAUGUUACGUUUUUGCACCGUGACUCCAACUUAAGCUUAAAUGCAACUUAGUGAAAAUUGGACAUUGUUACUGUGCUAAACCACAUCGAGAGUCAGUUUAUCGACAGGGACAAAGUCAACAUGCAGCUUAGCUACACAUUUGCAUUUGAAUGAAUAUGACACUGAUUGCCUGUUAUCUGUUUGUGUGUGUGCGUGUGUGUGGAUAUUUACAUUUACUAUUCAUCUAUUGACUACAAUGUCAGGGUUUUCUUGUUCCUGUCUCUGUGGAGCCGGUGCAGACUUCUGUCACACCAGUGAGUUUGCCCAAAUGACCUUUUGGACUUUGUCCAGUCGAGAAAACAUUGUGUGUUUGCACAGUGUUCUAGUGCGGUUUCUGUUAGGCCUGAACUGCCUAAGGAUUUAACUGAUUUAAAAAAAGAAAAGAAACACCCUCUGAGUAUUAACUUUUGGGCACACUGAACAGAAUAAUGUGACUAAUAUUACUUGUGUGGUAUCAAGUAAACCACACAUCAUGAGUUGUGUUUUUAUGGUUGUGGGACUCUGUUGCCCUUUUCAACACAACAGAGCACUGCGCAAACCUUUGAUUCAAAUGGAUGGAUUUUAUGCCAAGGAAAUCAAGUACAGCCCCACAGCCGUUCAUUUUAAUGACUUUGAGCAAUGGAUGCAUGUGGUGGAUUUAACGCUGUUUGAAUAAACUCUAUAAGAGAUACCUUUUGGAUCUUAAUGUGAAGCCAAAGGAGUGAAACAUUUCCUCAUGGCCCUGUGCUGUGGAGGCUCACAGAGACUGGAAUCUGUUGAGGACAGGGGAGAGGAAAUCCACUCCUGAACUGGAUCUUUAACGGAUUUGAUAUCAAGGCACAACAGGAAGGGGAUAAUGAGAUUCUUAACUUUUCUUGACGUGGUCCCCAUUUUUUUGCCCAUCCCUCACCAUAGAGAGAAGAAGUAAAAUCAUAGUAAUGAAAUGUACAAAUCUUGUGUAUCUUCUAAAGCACUAGUUUGAUAUAUUGGGAAAUAUGAUCAUCUGCUUUGUUGCUUAGGUGAUAAGAUCUUUUACCACUUUAAUGCACUAAGAAUGAAACAGGCAAAAGCUAGUUAGCUUAGCUUUUCGCAAAGACUGGAAAAAGGGGAAAACAGUUAGCCUGACUCUGUCUAUCUCUAUCUUUGUUUAAUCUGUUCAAAAUUGUAAACUGGCAAUUUAUUGUCAUAAGGGGAUUAUGUGUUGAACUGAGGCCAUAUUUUGUUUUUCAAGAGUUUACCGCCUAGCCUACUGUGUGAUUGUACUUUGAUUGGCUCGUAUUCUUUGCCUCGAAGCUAACUAGCCAACUGCUAAAUGAGUAAAAGUUGUCACCCCUCUGGCAAUAACAAUGUGCUUUCCAAUGUUGUGAGAAGAGUGUAUGCAUUAAGUUUACUAAUUCAGCAGCUGCACUUAGCAAGCUUGCUAAAGGACUAGUACUAGUACGAACAAGUACUAUCCAGUCACAGCACUGUAGGUCGGGGCUAGGUGGAACUGUCUUGGGGGGGAAUUACGCAUCAUGCAGUAGUAACUUCCCAACAUCUCAACACUGAGGGUUUUGUACAGUUAAACAAACAAAAUAUUGUCUUGUUAAGUGAGCUUUAGAGUUGCUUGUAGGCUGACUUUGGUACCAUAGGACAGAUCCAGGCUAGCUGUUUUCCUUUAUGCUAAGCUUUGCUAACCAGUUGAUAGCUGUAGCUUGCUAUUUAACUUACGGACACAAGAACAGUGGAAAUCCUCUCAUCUAACUCCUUAUCAGAGAGCAGAUAAGUGUUUUUCCAAAAGUCCUUUUAGUAUGAAGCUACAACCAUUAGCUGGUUAGCUAGCUUUGCUCUUUCCAGAAAGUCUACCCAUCAGCAGUUUUAAAGCUCAAAAAUGAACAAUAUUAUAUUGUGUUUGUUUGAAGAACAAGAAAGAAAUUAAAAAGUCAGUUAUGUGCUGGCAAAAAUUCCUUUGCCAAGAGAUGUGACUUCCUUUGGACAGAGCCAGGUUAGUUGUUUCUCUGUUUCCAUUUUUAUGCUAAGCUAAGCUAACCAGUUGCUGACAUUCACUUCAUGUUAAGACAAGAGUGGUAUCAAUCUUCUCAUCUAACUCUAGGCAAGAAAGCAGAAAAGUGUAUUUCCCACAAUGUCAAGCAAUUGUUUGAAUUUAACAAUUGCCUCCCAUUACACAUUUAGAGAUAAGAAUCUGCUUUAUUGUUUUUGUUGGAGUUAAGUAGAGUAGCCCUUAUGAUAGCAAUUUAAUGAUCAGUUUAGGGCUCUUCAAUCUUGAAAUCCUCCUUUUGCCUUGUGUUUAUAAUGAGGGAAGGUGGAGAAAAGCUAAGGAGGCCUUUUGAGGGAAGAGAGCAAGCAACAAUUAUUUUUUCGAGGGAUGGUGAUAAUCCCCAAUCUCGACCUAAGAAAUGACACACUAAAAAGGACUGUAGUUUGAGAUGUU